AUGACCCAGCAGACAAAGGCUGGAGAGUGUGUGAUGUCUUAGCCAGAGAGGGAUGAUGCCUUCUUUGGCUUCAGGCUGUGUCUUAUGAGACACACACACGAGGAGUGUUAAUUGCAGUGGGUGAGGACAGAGAACACAAGCAGUCAUAGCUCAAUAUGGACCCCUUUCUCUCCUCUCUGUUUUUAUUUCUUCCCCCUAUUUACCUCUAUCGUACUUUCUCUCCCCAGGGUUCAGGUGUUGUCAAAGCUGGCUUUGCUGGAGACCAGAUCCCCAAAUACUGCUUCCCCAACUAGUAAGACCUCAAUUUUUACUUAUCCUACACCAAUAACACACUGCUGAUAUUCAGUCAGAUAGCAUCCAAGGGAUUUGGGUUGUGUUCAUGAAUCUGUUGUGUUCUGCUGUGUGUGUGAUCCAGUGUGGGCCGUCCCAAGCAUGUGCGCGUGAUGGCAGGAGCCCUGGAGGGGGACCUCUUCAUUGGACCCAAAGCAGAGGUAGGCUUCACACCAUAGGCUUCCUCACACACACACACACUAUGAAUGGGCCUGUCACAACAAGCCUCUAACUAACCCUUCUCUUACCCCUCCCCUCUCAGGAGCACAGAGGGUUACUGUCAGUGAGGUAUCCCAUGGAGCACGGCAUAGUGAAGGACUGGAACGAUAUGGAGAGGAUCUGGCAGUACGUCUACUCCAAGGAACAGCUGCAGACCUUCUCAGAGGAGGUGAGCUCUCCUCUCUUUUAUAACCUUAUUCCUUGUUUUGGUGGUCAUUCCAGAACAGUCGACCACAUGCUUCCUUCAGUAGCCACGGUCACUGGCUUUAGUCGCAUAUGAUAAAACUGUCCCUCUCCCUUUCCUUCUCUCUCCUUCCCUCCAGCACCCUGUCCUGUUGACUGAAGCGCCUCUGAACCCCAGUAAGAACAGGGAGAAGGCGGCUGAGGUUUUCUUCGAGACCUUCAACGUCCCCGCCCUCUUUAUCUCCAUGCAGGCAGUCCUCAGUCUGUGAGUAUGUUUCCCUGUGUGUGUGUGUGGUCGUGUCUCACACACGCUUUUGUGUGUGUGUUAUACUCUCAUCCCUCUCUUGCCCAGCUAUGCAACAGGGCGUACCACGGGGGUGGUGUUAGAUGCGGGUGACGGGGUGACCCACGCGGUGCCCAUCUACGAGGGCUUUGCCAUCCCCCACUCCAUCAUGAGGGUGGACAUCGCUGGCAGGGACGUGUCCCGUUACCUCCGGCUGCUGCUACGCAAGGAGGGCUACGACUUCCACACCUCUGCAGAGUUUGAGGUUGUUCGCACCAUCAAAGAGGUACGGGACGGACUGUGUGUACAUGUGCGUGUGACACACACACACACGUAACCAAACUAAAAGAAACGCAGGGCUCUAUAGCUGUCAAUAGGAAUUUGGUGAUAAUGUGUGUGUUUCUGUCCUCAGAGAGCCUGCUACCUGUCCCUGAACCCCCAGAAGGAUGAGACUCUGGAGACAGAGAAGGCUCAGUACACCCUCCCCGACGGCAGCACGCUGGAUGUUAGUAUUUAACACACACCUUCAUUUUCUUUUGAAGGACUACAAACAUCAACAACAUCAUAAUCACCAUGAUGACCCUGAGCCUAAUCUGACACCCAGUUGACCCUAACUCUGACUGUUGACCUCUGCCCCCUGUCCAGAUUGGUCCAGCCCGGUUCCGAGCACCAGAGCUGCUGUUCAGGCCAGACUUGAUCGGAGACGAGAGCGAGGGGAUCCAUGAGGUGCUGGCUUUCGCCAUCCAGAAGUCUGACAUGGACCUCCGACGCACACUCUUCUCCAACAUUGUACUGUCUGGAGGAUCUACACUGCUCAAAGGUUACACACACACACACACACACACACUGACUGUUCGACAUCAACUAAUACCAGUGUGUUGUGAAUGGAAAGUGGGUGUUUUCUCGUGGUUUAAGGCUUCUUAGCUCAGCAUUGCACAGAAACACACACUGUUAGCUAACAUAGUAUUUUCUGCUGCAGGCUUCGGUGACAGGCUACUAAGCGAAGUGAAGAAGCUCGCUCCCAAAGACGUGAAAAUCAAGGUAUAGUAACUAAUAACCAAGUUCAUGCCCAGGGGCCUCUUCUUGGCCAGAGCUCAGCAUGUUAGUAUAAGCCUGAUGUUUUUAGCAUAUGUUGGCAGGAUGUUGUCGCGUCAACAAGCCACUGCUGACUUCCUGUCUCUCUCGCUCUGUUUCAUGUCCAGAUCUCCGCCCCUCAGGAGAGGCUGUACUCCACGUGGAUCGGGUAAGAGAUCACCACACACACAGCAGGGAUGCAAGCUCGUUGCCUUUCGGCGGUAUUCACCAUUUUGAUCUCAAAAUAGGCCGUCCAUGUGAAUCGUGUAGAUCCGAAGAACAUUUUGGUUAUCAUUGACAUGUUGAAAUCAUUGACUGAGAACAGAAUGCAUCCCUACGCAUUCUAGUAAGGGAAUAUCGGGAGUUCAGAGCAUGAUGUCAGAUCAGAAUCAGUGCUUCAUCCAAUAUCAUGUGUGACCGCUGUGAUCAGCCAGCCACAUCCUCUGCCAACCAUUGUAAUGGCGCCGGAGGGGAUGGCUGCCGUUUUAUGGACUCUUAACCAAACGUGCUAUUUUGUGUGUUUUUUUUCGCAUUGUUUAUAACUUAUUUUGUACAUAAUGUUGCUGCUACCGUCUCUUAUGACCGAAAAGAGCUUCUGGACAUCAGAACAGCGAUUACUCACCUUGAACUGGAUGAAUAAUGUUUCUUUAAUGAGUCGGAUGAGAGGGAUUUGCUCCGGACACCCGACAGGGCCCUCAUCCCCGUCAUUCGCAGUAGAAAGAAAAUGAGAUAUCGUGGAAGGAGAUCGGGGCGUCUGGUAAGGAGCCGGCGACGAGUGGCUAAUCUUCCUUUGCCAUCGAUACUAUUGGCCAACUUACAAUUGCUUGAUAAUAAAGUGGACGAACUACAGGCACGUAUAUCCUACCAACGGGACAUUAAAACUGUAAUAUCUUAUGUUUCACCGAGUCGUGGCUGAACGAAGACAUGAAUAACAUACAGCUGGCGGGUUAUACACUGUAUCGGCAGGAUAGAACAGCAGCCUCUGGUAAGACAAGGGGUGGCGGUCUAUGUAUAUUUGUAAACAACAGCUGGUGCACGAUAUCUAAAGAAGUCUUGAGGUUUUGCUCGCCUGAGGUAGAGUAUCUCAUGAUAAGCUAUAGACCACACUAUCAACAAAGAGAGUUUAUCUAUAUUCUUAAUCUAUUUUCGUAGCUGUCUAUUUACCACCACAAACCGAUGCAGGCACUAAGACCGCACUCAAUGAACUGUAUACGGCCGUAAGCAAACAGGAAAAAGCUCAUCCAGUGGCGGUGCUCCUAGUGGCCUGGGACUUUAAUGCAGGGAAACUGAAAUCCAUUUUACCUCAUUUCUACCAGCAUGUUAAAUGUGCAACCAGAUGGAAAAAAACUCUAGACCACCUUUACUCCACACACAGAGACGCGUACAAAGCUCUCCCUCGCCCUCCAUUUGGCAAAUCUGACCAUAAUUCUAUCCUCCUGAUUCCUGCUUACAAGCAAAAACUGAAGCAGGAAGCACCAGUAACUCGGUUAAUAAAAAAGUGGUCAGAUGAAGCAGAUGCUAAGCUACAGGACUGUUUUGCUAGCACAGAAUGGAAUAUGUUCGGGGAUUCUUCCGAUGGCAUUGAGGAGUACAUCACAUCAGUCACUGGCUUCAUCAAUAAGUGCAUUGAUGAUGUCGUCAUACAUCAUACGUCAUACGUAUGUGUUACAUACCCCAACCAGAAGCCAUGGAUUACAGGCAACAUCCGCACUGAGCUAAAGGGUAGAGCUGCUGCUUUCAAAGGAGCGGGACUCUAACCCGGAAGCUUAUAAGAAAUCCCGCUAUGCUCUCCGAUGAACCAUCAAACAGGCAAAGCGUCAAUACAGGACUAAGAUCGAAUCGUACUACUCCGGCUCCGACGCUUGUCGGAUGUGGCAGGGCUUGCAAACUUUUAAAGUCUACAAAGGGAAGCACAGCCGCGAGCUGCCCAGUGACACGAGCAUACCAGACGAGCCAAAUUACUUCUAUGCUUGCUUCGAGGCAAGUAAUACUUAAACAUGCAUGAGAGCAUCAGCUUUUCCGGACGACUGUGUGAUCACGCUCUCCGUAGCCGAUGUGAGUAAGACCUUUAAACAGGUCAACAUUCACAAGGACUCAGGGCCAGACGUAUUACCAGGGCGUGUACUCCGAGCAUGCAUGACCAACUCGCAAGUGUCUUCACUGACAUUUUCCACCUCUCCCUGUCUGAGUCUGUAAUACCAACAUGUUUCAAGCAGACCACCAUAGUCCCUGUGCCCAAGAACACUAAGGAAACCUGCCUAAAUGACUACCGACCCGUAGCACUCACGUCUGUAGCCAUGAAGUGCUUUGAAAGGCUGGUCAUGGCUCACAUCAACACCAUUAUCCCAGAAACCCUAGACCCACUCCAAUUUACAUACCGCCCCAACAGAUCCACAGAUGAUGCAAUCUCUAUUGCGCUGUCCACAUCACCAACAAACUAACAUGGCCCAAGCACACCAAGACAGUCGUGAAGAGGGCACGACAAAACCUAUUCCCUCUAAGGAGACUGAAAAGAUUUGUAAUGGGUCCUCAGAUCCUCAAAAGGUUCUACAGCUGCACCAUCGAGAGCAUCCUGACUGGUUGCAUCACUGCCUGGUAUGAGGUGUGAAUGAAGGAGUCAGGCGCAGGAGGUAAACCACCGAAGUCCAGAGUUGAUUCCGUUUACAUAAAUAAAACGCACCCAGCGUCAAAACGAAACUAUCACAAGGGAAAUAUUCCACCUUGGCAAUAACAAAUGGAAGAGUAGCUCAACCUACUUGCGCUCACAAUGAAACAAUCACUCACAAAGAUGAGGGGAACACUUAUACACAUACUAAUUAGGGAAAUGAGCACCAGGUGUGUGUGACAAGACAAGACAUGACAAGUGGAGUGAUGAGAAUGGGAUCGGCAGUAGCUAGUAAGCCGGUGACGACGAACGCCGAAACCUGCCCGAACAAGGACGGGAGGCAGCCUCUGCGGAAGUCGUGACAGGUGUGCAGACACUGAUGAGUCUUCUGUUACAUUUGUGUAAUUAUUGGAGCAGCUUGAGCGAAGUGGAUACAGUAUCUUUUCAUUUAGCCUGUUAGAACCAAGAGCACAGGCCAGUCUGACUAGGCUUCGCUGUCACGCAGCCUCUGAGUGCCAUAGAGGGGAAAACCGAGCACAGUGACAGUCAUGCUUGCGCCGUUACAUCUCUAAUAACCGUGUAUCUCUUGCCCAAACCAUUCAAAAGUUAUGCCCCAUUUACUGGAGCUACCUUUCUACCGCAAGUUCGUGCGCAUUUUAUAUAAUUUCAUAAACCAUGUCGCGGGCCUUUUUAAAGUGGAACUGACAGCGUUUUAGCAACAUGAAAUCCUAUUAAAAUCUGUUUAUAUACACCCACAGGAAGAAUAUGACACAAACAUUUUUUUUACAUUUUCUGACAAGCGACCACUUAGAUAUGGUCACUUUCAUACUUUCAUAGAAUGUUUAGGAAUGACGUACAGCAAGGCAUUUGUGAAAAUUCUAUAGCAAUAUAGAGUGGAAAAGCGGCCGUGCGUUUGGACAAUUAAUAGACACUGCAGCAAAUAAAACCUAAUAAAAACAUAUGUCUUGUCCAGGACCGGACUCUACACAGACCGGUGCACCAUAGCCAAAUCAGAGCUACAGUAGGCCUAUAUGCAAAUAAAUCAUUUGUCACACCGGCUUGCAGUCAUUCACUUUGAACCGGACUGUGUGUAUACAGGCAGUAACAACAGCGCAACUUUAGAUCAUUAGAAAGCAUUCGCCAAAAGCCACAAAAUACACCUGAAUGGAUUUCUGCAAAUAUGUAAUUACCACGGGAGUCCUCGUACAUUUGGAAACUUUACAGUCCUAUUGAUCAAACAACCAUGAAAAGUUAGGCUCUCUCUCCCUCAGUUUCCUAUCCACAUCAACAACAAGAAGAUCAACAACUAAUGUUGCCAGAGCGAGAUGAGCUAAAAUCUAACAAGGGAACAGUAGAUAAACCCUUUCAAACUUUUUCAGCUUGUAGUUGGCCGUCAAAAGAGCACCGAUAAACAAUGGGGAAUAGUAGCCUGCUCACCCUUCUGCACUUUGCCUGCCAAUGCAUGCUUGUCCCCCAAUGCAUGCUGGUCCCAACCCACGUUUUAAUAACUGAAUGGGAACUUGCCUGCCUCCCUGCCCAUUUGAUCGAUGCCAAAUUAUAUUGGAUUGACAACUAAGACAUAUGCUAACUGUGGAUAACAGUCGUUCGAGUUCAGCAUAGCUAGCUAGCAAAGUGAUUCACAUUUAUUGCUAGCUAACCAAAUGACACCUGCAUCUUUAGCUGUAGCCACAGAAAAACGAUAUGGGGUGAAAAAGUCGGCCACUCACCCAUUCGUCCAAUGACAUGACAUCGUCCCAGAAGAUAGCUAGCCAACGUUAGGCUCCGUUUGAAGCUUGCUAAAGAAAUGGCUACAUAAAUAGAUAAGCUAGCCUAUUAGUCACGUUAUGACUAACUUGUGAUCAUUGCCCUUGCUAGUUUGAAUGUAUUGAUAUUCGUCCGUUUUUUGUCCAAAAUAUUGAGUAAUUGAAACUGAAUCCCUAAUGGCUGGAGGCAGCAAACAAUGUACCUGAUAGCACACUCACUCACUCAUCUCUUAUCCCUCUCCUCCCUCUUGUGUUCUGUGUAGUGGCUCCAUCCUGGCGUCAUUGGACACCUUUAAGAAGAUGUGGGUCAGUAAGAAGGAGUAUGAGGAGGACAGAGCACGGGCCAUCCACAGGAAGACCUUCUAA